AUGCGACAGGUCGUCAGCAUCAGUGCACAACUGCUGUUCGGCUGGGACGACGCCAGGCCAGGAUUGUCGGGGGCGGCGGCGUGGUCAGUCAACAUGGCGGGUAGCUGCGGUGAUGGGCCCGACGAAAUGCUCAGUCAGGACACUCGGGAUGCACUGUGGAACAUGCGCGGGGCCCGCAUGCUCUGCGACGGUCUCCUCAAGACCUCGGAUGGCUCCGUGCACAGAGUCGUCAUGGCCAGCUGCAGCGAGUACUUCAGGGCACUUUUCGGGAGUCUCUUGAACAAGGUCCUACGCACGGAGGUCUUGGUGCCCGGUGUGUCCAAAGCGACUAUGGCUAUCAUCGUGAAGUUCGCCUACAAGCAGGUCACGUGGGUGGGCUGCGACAACGUGGAGAACCUGCUGGAGGCUGCCGACUACCUCUGCAUCAUGGGCAUGGCCAAGGACUGCUGCGAUUCCCUCCUCUCCAUCAUGGCCCCUGAGAGCUGCAUCUCCAUUCAGAACGUGACCAAGUUGUACAACUGCUUCGACCUCACAUCCCAGGCGUACAACUACCAGAUGCAGCACUUCAUCGAGGUGUCGAAGCGCAGCGAGGAACUGCUCGGCAUCGAUAUGGACGAAGUGGAGGCCAUCCUUUCGGACGGGAACCUGAACGUCAUCAAGGAGGAGGUCGUGUGGAAAGCGAUGGUGCGAUGGAUCGAGCACGACUCGGCCAAUCGGCAGCAGCACAUCGCGCGGCUGCUGCGCUACUUGCGUACGGGUCUUGUGGAUACGAACUUUUUCGUCGAGAAGAUCAAGUCGCACAAGUUCGCCUCGGACAACGAAUCCUGCAGCUGCGCGCCGCUAUCAAUGAUUGGAAUGGGGAACAGUAUAAUCGACAAGCUGGUCUUCGCCAUCGGCAGCUUCAACGGCGAGAGCACGACUAACCUUGCCGAGUGCUACGACCCGACCACGGACCAGUGGUACGAGGCCACGGACAUGAACGAAUCAAGCUCGGCCCUCGCCGCCUGCGUCAUUUCCUGCGUGGCCAACAACCGAGACUACGUCCACCAGCGCCGCGACAACCUGAUGGAGGAGAAGCGCCAAAAGAUGCUCGAUAUCCUCAAGCACCGAACACGUCACGUUAAUCGCGACGACAAGAACGCGUAG